AUGUACUCAGUCGUUAUUUCUUCGCAAAGGCCUCGAAUAGUUUCUCAUUUUGAUACUGAAGUUUCACCUGACGAAGAGGGUUGCUUGAGAUCAGCGAGCUCAGCGGCUCCCGCUGUCGCGAAAUUAUUUUUCACCAGUGAAAAAGUUUGCCACCAAAGAGUUCCUCUUCCUGGCGGUGUUCAUGUUAUAUCAGCCUCUCCAGCUGCUGGUCAUUUGCCGUCUUCUUCUCUUUAUCCUGCUUGUCAAGCUCCUUAUGUAUUGCUUACAAGUUGUGAUGACGACGUGGUACGUUUUUGGCGAUGUCUGAAUGCUGACCCAGGUUCCGAUUUUAAAUACGAAUGGAGAGAAUGGAAUAUGAUUAGUGGCAAUCGUCGUAGUGAGCUUGAAUUAGAGGGAUCGAUUCUCUCCGCUUCUGCGGCUCAUAGUGGUCGCAUCGCUUGUGCGUACGACCCAAAAGGAGGACAAAGAGCGGCGCAGAAUGUUGUGGAUGUCGAGAUAGGGGUUUUCGAAUGCGAAUCUUCAGGCGGGGUUGAAUGGAUGCGUGAAGACACGUUUGAUCUGAAAAAUAUUCGAAUUCCUGACAUAACCUCUGUUCUGCAUUCAUAUUCUCCGCUUCAAAACUCCACAGCUGAUCUGUCAACGUCGCCGCGUUCAGAAUCAUUGCCCUUCCGCCUACGUUCAAGUUUCCAUGUAACCAUAAAAGACAUGGUCCGCCUCGAUUGGGUUUCCACAGAGGAUGGUUCUCAUAUUUUGACAGCCGGUGUUGCGACCAAUAUUUACAUGUACACCCAGGUUUCACUUGAUCCUGCUCAACAAAACGUGGCGUUAAUGAAGGAUAGCGAAAGCACUUUGAGACGACCUUCGCUCCGCAAAGCUUCUUCUCUCGUUGCUCAUUCUCAUUCGCAUAGUCGAUUGAUUCGCUGGGUGUGCACUAGAGUGUUGGAAUUGGAUUCGGCAGACGGGCUUCCUCCUAUUCCGACCACUCUGAGCUGGGCUCGCGAUGGUCUUCUUAUUGUUGGAAUGCAUUGUGAAAUGCGAGUUUACAACCAAUGGAAUCUCCAUAGGAAAAAUGAGACUGACGCAACGAUUUCUCGCAAAAAGAGCUCCGAGAUUCUCACUGUUGCCAUUUCUCACUCACAUUUGAUGCUUGAUCAACUACAACGGAAAAAGGACGUACCUGUCAAUAAAGGCCGCCUUUUAAUGGACCUCAUGAAUAAAAGUUUUCCAAAUAAAGAUGCGAAUUCCUCAGUCUUGGAAGCGCUCUCUGGUGAGGGUCUUUUUGAAACUGCCCGGCUAGCUUCGCCCAUUUUACCACAGUACCAUCCGAAACAACUGAUUGUUUUGCUGAAUGCCGGUAAAACUAAGCGUGUGAAGGCAAUUCUUCUUAAUGUGCUUAUAACAUUAAAGCCUCGUCCUAUCAACUUUGAAGACGGUUCUCUGGAUUAUACUGAGAUUGAUGAUAUCGCACCACUUCCUUUAUAUGCGUUGAUCACCGCUGAUAUGGACACAAACGGCGUAGCUGGAGAAAAAGCCGAGGCUUUUAGCGGUCACGUCUAUCCUUCUUACGAUUCGCUCUUUUCGUCCGAUAAACUGGACGACGACGAUCUUGACGAAAUGCUUCGUGAAAAUGACUCUGUUGGUCAUACACGUUGUCCAUCAACAUCAAGCGUUGAUGCUAAAGAAAGUUCCUUCCCUAUAUCCUUUACUGCGGAACAUAACAGGGCUCUUACUGAACUCCUCACCCACACACAUCUUCCUGGAUUGUCAAGUGUUGACCAGAUGCAUUUGCUGGCUAUAGCUGACACCUUGAGUCACUUUUCUACUAAUGUUAUUGAUAAAUUGACACAAGCUAAUGCUGCAAUGAAACCUGUGACACCUUCGGUACUGGGAGAUUCGAUGGCAGGAGGUUAUGCAGCUGCCGCAUCUGGAAUAGAGACUGUCGACGAAUGUGGACUUCGAUAUUUAAUGGCCAUGAAACAGCACGAAUACCUUCUGUUAUGUCUUCCAAUCAAACAAAGGAUGGAGCUAAAGAAAAAUGGAAUUGCUUCAUCGGAUAUUAUAUGGGCACAACACUCGGAAACAGAGACUGAGCUCUUGAAUGCCAUUCCUAGUUUGCAAAAAUCUAAUCCAACGUGGGAAGAGCUGAGAAGUCUCGGAAUUGCAUGGUGGCUCAAAAAUACCGCCAGCUUGAAGAUAUGCGUGGAAAAGCUCGCUAAAGCUGCCUUCCAACAGAACCAAGACCCUAUGGAUUCCUCUUUGUUUUAUCUUGCCCUCAAGAAAAAAAAUCUUUUGACUCAUCUUUUUAAGGUAAAAUUUCAUACAACCAUCCGUAACCAGCAAAUGGCGGACUUUUUCAUGCAAGACUUUAACACUGAUCAUUGGAAAAAGACCAUUCUUUAUAAAUGCAAUGAUUUACAAUUGGCAAUGGUAAUUCUGAGACUGUAUGAAUCUGAUAUCGACUCCCAGCAGUCGCUGCUCAAAGAUAUGUUGUGUCGUGAAGUCCUUGGUCAGUCUGUCGAAGAGUUCGAACAAAUGCGCGGAAAUGAAGANGAAGAUGAUAGCCCUUUAGGCUAUGGAGCAAGCAGGUUGUUGUAUCUCAGUCGUGGAACCGUCAUAACAGGUAUUAUAUCAAUUAAUUUUAGGGACCCGUUUGUCCGAUCAAUGGCAUACUGGAUAUUAAAAGACUAUUCUCGCUCGGCUCAUACGCUUGUCCAAGAAGCUCAUGGAGAUAGUGCUACCUUACGCACAAAUCUUUCGGAUAUAUUUAAUUUCUACUCUUUUCUGCGAAAGCAUCCACUGGUUAUGAGGCAGCGUCUCACCAACGCUGGUGCUCAGGUUGGCUCAACUGAACAAUUCCUUGUUGUCGCAAAGCAGUUGGAAACGCUUGUGACUCCAUCGGAACGCCGAUGUUGUAUUUUUCAGCGAAUUUUCGCCAUGGUUGUAUCCUCUACAAUUCCAGUUAUUGAUUCUGUUGAGAAUACUGUGGAUUGGAGCAAACCUUCGAAUGUUAUAACUAAUGAGGAUCUUGUCUUGGAGUACAGUGACGACGAUGAUAAUGAAGAAUUCGACGAAGAUGGAAAUAAAACCUCUAAGAAAAGCGCAUUGUCGAAUGGGAUUGAUGCCCCACAUCCAGAUUCAGUAGUGCAUGAUGGAAACCAGUUUUUCAACGAUGUGAGUCGAACACCGGAUGUUAUUGCCCAGCACUUAAAAUUCGUUGCAUCACUUAGGAUUCUCACGGAAGAAUUAUCCACAUUGGCUAGUGGUUUUGAAGUUGAUGGUGGCCAGUUGCGAUACCAGUUGCUGAUUUGGCUUGAUAAGGAGGUGAACAUUUUGCAAGAUUUGUGUGAUUAUCAGUCAACUUCUGAUGCACAUGAGAAUAAUGACGAAAAUUUCGAACUGGAGAGUGAUUCUAAGUAA